CGUUGACUUGCAAACAUGGCGGAAGACGAAGAGGUUACGCUCACCACUGAGCAGACAGAAAAACUGCUGCAAUUCCAGGAUCUCACUGGGAUUGAAGAUAUGGAGAGAUGUCGCAACAUUUUGGAUCAGCAUGACUGGAAUAUUGAGACUGCUGUCCAAGACACAUUGAAUGUAUCAGAGGGUAAGCCGACAGUCUAUGAUAGGACUACGCAGGCAAGCCAGCCUCCAGUACGCACACCCGAGGUCAAUACAAACCCUAGGGACCAAAGGAUAUUCACAGUAGCGAGGCCCACGUCCUCCUGGUUCCAGUGGAGUUACAUGAUGGUCUUCUUCCCCUUCCGUUUUUUCUAUACCACAGUUUUUGAUAUUGUUCGAUGGACACUAAGGUUGAUUUGGCCUGAUCCCAGGCGUAUUGUUACGGAUCCCCGGGGAGACGUUCUUUCAUUUAUCACGUCGUAUGAAGAGAGAUACGGAGCAGCCCAUCCUGAAUUCUAUAGAGGCAGUUAUAGUGAGGCAUUAAGUGACGCCAAGAGAGACCUCAAGUUUUUAUUAGUAUAUCUCCAUGGUAAUGAUCAUCAAGAUACAGACCAGUUUUGUAGAGACACGUUAGGUAAUGCUGAUGUCAUAGAGUUUAUCAAUGCUAGUCUUAUAUUUUGGGCUGCGUCUGUCAACUCACCGGAAGGAUAUAGAGUAUCAUUAGCACUUCGAGAGAACACCUACCCCUUCCUAGCCCUCAUCGUACUCCGGGACAACAAAAUGACGGUGGUGCUGAGGAUAGAGGGCGCCGUCAGCGGGGAGUCGUUGAUAGAGCGAGUGCAGCGGACGAUGAGUGAGACCGAGGGUUACUUGGUGGCCAUGAGGAUGGGGCGUCAGGAACGGAACCUUAACAAUACCCUGAGGCAGGAGCAGGAUGAAGCCUAUAGGGAAUCCCUUCGGCAGGAUCAAGAGAAGGCCAAAAAGAAGAAAGAAGAGGAAGAGGAGAAGAACAAACAAGAGCAGGCGGAAAGAGAGCAGGAGGAAGAGAAGCAAAACCAGAUUGAGGAGAGAGCGAAUCGUAGGAUAGAGAAAGCAGCCCUCCUUCCUGAUGAACCAGAUGCUAGUAACACCGAUGCCGUUAAGAUCCUCUUCAAACUUCCCAAUGGCAGACGACUUGAACGGAGCUUCCUCAAGACAUGCUCAUUAGAGGUCCUUUAUGAUUAUGUAUAUGUCCAAGAUGAAGUGCCAGACGAGUUCCAGCUCCAGACGAACUACCCUCGCCGUGUACUCCAGUGUUUACCGACCGAGGAAAACGAGACGGUGCCCUCUAUAGGUGAUGCAGGCUUGAGCUCGCGUGAGAUGUUGUACGUUCAGGACAUCAGUGAUUAACAGCUUGUUGUUGCGUUGUAUGCUGAAGUGCGCCCUCGGUGUCAUGAUGGAGAUGGAGAUUGAAAUAUGGACUGAAUUCCAAGCACGAUACGAAGCCUGGGAGCUGUUCGCAUUGGAUAUAUUGAGCAAGAGUUGAAAGCCAGCGAGUUUGCCUGUUUCUAUUUGGCAUUGCAUAGUUCAAAUCGGCUGAACUAUCACUGCGAUGUAAAGCAAGGAGUUUGCAUUGCAGGCUGGGGAGGGAGGUUGCAUGUAUCUAUUGGCAUGGCAUUGUAUCUCAGUGCUAUUUCCCCCACCUUGUAUACACUACUUGUGCAGUACUUGUACGAGCAUUGCAAAGAACAGUUGCAGAGAACAAUUGCAGAGAUUAUUGCAGAGCACCUGAUUUUGGGGGAGAGGACUCCAAUAUAGCUUUCACAAUCGACAAGAAAGUUUUAAAAUAUGUCUGUUGUUGUUAGUGUUUGGGAUAGGAUGGGAUGAAAGUGGGAUAUUGCUGGAGGCAAUGUGAUGUCCAGUAUGAGUGCUUCUGGCUUUAGAUUCUGAAAAGAAUUGGUUCUUAACAAUAUUAAAGGAAUAUGAUGGUCAUGAGAGUGGAUUCAAUACUGUUAUUGAUCGAUUACAUUCAUGCUUUAUUAAGAUGGUUAGGAUGUUGUAGGAGACAUGUGACUGCAAUAAUUGCUCUGAAAUGAUCCACCAUGAUUUAUGUUGAUACUAUGUGAUACUUAAUUUGAAACGAAAAGGAUCAAUAAAACGUGAAAUUCAAAAAAUAAAAAAUGCUCUGUGGUGAAUUCCUAAUUUUGCCAGAGAAAUGAAUUUACUGGUACUUUAAAAUUUGGAUUGCCUUUCAAAGACCCCCCCCCCCCCUCCCAUUCCUCCUGAAAUGCUGUCUUGCCUUUAUAUAUCCGAUAAGCAGCAAUUAUUAUGUCAAUGUUUGUUCUAAGUUUGUUCUCAUGCUUGCACUUCAUAAGGCCUUCAGAUUAUAUUGUGAUAACAAAAGCCAGAACACUUGGGGAAGCUCUUCAAAAGACAGUAAACUGGCGCAAGUUUCUCAAUGACAAAUUACAAAAAUCAGUGACAAAUCUGCUGAUAACCAAUCAGAAGCAAGGAUUUAAGUAGCUUAUAACAACAAUUGUUAUUUGUCACUAAUGACACAUUUUGUGAAAUGCCCCCCAGUACAGUAAUAUAUUUGCUUUUUCCCUCUGAUUUGAGCUUAGAGUACAUUAGAGCCUCCUAUGCACAUGGGACAGCAAAACUCGCUAAAAAAAAAAAAUCUGUUGUUAGAAAAUAAAAUGGUGUAGGCAAAGUGUGCUUCAAAUAUUUACCUUAUAAUACAGGGAUAUGUAAGUUUGUUUAUGGGCCUUGGAUGCACGCAUCUACUGUUUUUGUUUCAUUUUUUUCAUCCCGUUUGCCGUCCAUAUUCCUGCUAAAUGUUCAAUUAUUUUAUUGUGCCAAAAUCAAUAGUAUCUCGUCCAAUCGAUUGUAACUUUACAAUAGAUAGUGAGUCAUGUUGAUUUUAUGUCACUGAUGUACACAAAGAGUAGGAAUUGAUUUCAUCUCCCCAAUAAUCAGUCAAUCAUGACUUUACAAUACAUACAUGUGUAGUGGCUUUACAUAUAUGUAAAUGAGGCAUUAUCUCUCUCCUACUAAUUGACAUGAAUCUGACAUUGAUUUUAUGGUACAUAAUGCAUUUUUGCAUAUUUCAAUUGAUUGCAGGUCAGUCUAAUAUGUUACAGGGCCAACAAUACUUCAUUAACUUAUUAUAGGAAAUCAACAUUUGUAUAAUGAGGCAUUAUCUUUUUUUCAACUUACUGAUAUGAAUCUUUCCUGGGCACUUUGCAUAAAAUUGACCAUUGAUAGUAACUAUGCAAUUAAUGGUAAAUUCCAUGGUAACCAUGAUUCAAUUGGCUGUUGAAUGAUGUUGCCAUGGUAAUUACCAUUGAUAGCAAAGUGGUGCACCAGUCACACGGCCGAACCAACUACACACCGGCCCCAAACCGCCAAAUUUGUUGGCAAUAGGGAGUCAUGUAAAUGCUUGUCUGAUUUGUAGUUGGUCUGGAGUCUGUCUGGAGUUGGUGUUGUUGGUGCGACUGAUGUAUUACCACCAAUGAUAAGUUGUAUGCAACAUGGCCCAGAAGUUGGUGUGCUCUCAUGUUCUCUGUAUUCCUUUUCAGCUGCUCAAGGUAUUUUCUUGAGCAUUUUUUUUCAAUCCAUCUUCUGUAUUGUUUACCCAUCGAGAUGCACAAAAAAAAAAUAUUGUUCAAAAGCACUGCUUAACUCUCAUUUAAAGGGAUAGUUGAGUUCUUGUUUAAGACCCCAAAUGCCUUCAAAGUGCAUGGUUAUUGCACUUAUUCUUAUUUAUGACAUUUCUAAUGCCCUUUUAGCACCUAAGAUUGCUAUGAAGGUAAUUUUAGAUCCCAAAAUUUGUGAAAUUUAGAUUAAAAAUACGAUCAUACCGAUUCAGCUCCACUUUAAAAACAUAUGGUGACCGUUAAUUAAUUAAUAAUAAUGCAUGGGCCUGGUUGUGCGUAUUAUGACCUACACGAAAAAGCCAACGAAAAGCCAACAUUGGCAUUGGCUGGAAUAAAACGUAUAAAGGGCCAUCUCGUUUUUUUAACGGCUGGUUCAAAAUUAUUGAAUAUUUGUGGGGCCCUACGAAUAUUAAAAAUGGUUAUAUUUAUGGAUAUUUCAGCCGUCUCUGCACCGAUUUUGAUCAAACAAAGACGAUUUUGUCAUUUGAAUUGUAUGUUCUUUCAAAUUUGACACUCAUCUUUUCACUAUUUCACAAACAAUUAUUUUGUGUAGCGCCCUCUGCAACAAAACUCAACUAUCCCUUUAAUGUUUAACUGGUUUUGUCAAGCAUCAUAUUCCUUACUAAGUAUGUAACUUGUGAGACUUUCUUUGUAUUUUUAUUAGUGUCUGCAGUAGCAAAUUUCUCUGUUAUAUUCAUUUGGUGUGUGUUGUAUGUGAACAAAAAUGAUAGGAAUAAAUGUAAUUGAUUAAGAAUUUAAAAACAUUAUUAAGAGUUAAACGUAAAAUGAGAGCACUUUGCAUCUCGAUCAGGAUAGCAACAGAUUUAGAAGUAAAAAAAUACACCGUAUUUCAAUUCUUAACAUAAUGAAAUUUAAUCGAAGUUACAAAAUGUUGAAGAUGAUAACAAAAACCGUUGAAGUUACGACUUUGAGCAGCAAAUCAAGGCUUGUAUUGUGUUCUUCCCUGCAAAUUGUAUGUGCCUCUUAUUACAUUUUAUUUAAUGAACAAAAUGUUAUAUGAAACACUUUUAACUAGUGCUAAAUUUACUUAAGUAUUUCCAAUUUACAAGUGCAACAUUUCAUUCAGACCUCCAAUCCUCUUUUUAAGGUCUAUCUUAAUUAUUUGUGAUGAAGAAUAAUUUAUUAAAUCUAUAAUUUAUGCAGAUAAGAUACAAAUUCAUAUUUAAUGAUGUUACCUAUAAAAUGAAAUACUAAUCAAUGUGUAGGUUUCAUAGAAUAUAUUUGACAAUCUUAGUAUUAUUUCGGUACUAAAGUUUCUCAUAUUCUAUCAAUUUAUUAUAUACAUGCAUUUCAUUUGUUUUGUUUUGUAUACAUAUGUUUCUUUGUUUUGUAUGAUUUUCUUUUUUCUUCGAAAGAUUGUAUUUGAUGAUUUAGAUUGAUUUCGUAGUGCAAACAAAACUGGAAUGGGCCCAAAAGACAGAGGUAUAUUGUAUGGGGAUAAUAAAUAAUAUCAGCAUUUGUUUAAAAAGAUCAGAUUGCAAAUUUGUGAGUUUUGUCCCACUUUUUAGUGGAUGUGUUAUUUCAAAAUGCAAUGUGACCUUAUAAUAGAUGGCCCUCUUAUUUUACUGAGUUAAUACACGUACAAAUAUUGUUAACAUUUGUAGGAGAGUUUACAAAAGCUAAUGAAAACAUGUUUUGCAAUAUGUGGUGAUCAUGGGGAGUUGAGGAUUUUAUGCAAAGGGUGGGGGUCAAAUUAUCCCUCCCCAACCCCCCUACUCAUCAGUCAGAAAGCAUUUAAAGGUGAACUAAUAAAUUAAUCAUUUAAAACAGUAA